AUGCUGUUCAUGCAGCAGGUAUUUUAUACACUGCUAGUGUCGCUUGCUUUUGCGACACUAGGACAUACAAUUACUACGAGUACCGGUUCAACCACGACGGCUAUUGCGACUUCAGCGGUGGCGAGUACCUCAACAAUCUCAACAACCUCGACUGGCAUCACAACACAUACAAUCCAAGUUGGGCCCAAAUCGAGUCCACACGCAUAUGUUCCGCACAAUAUCACAGCAAACCCAGGCGAUGUUGUUGUUUUUGAAUUCUACCCGACAAAUCACUCAGUAGUCAAAGCUGAUUAUCAAGCUCCCUGUGUGCCUGCUAGCGAGGGCCUCUUCUAUUCGGGGAUGUUCACUACCUUUGACGAAAAUAGUGAUGGACAAUUGAUUGGUGCGGCACCGACUUGGUCUCUUGUGAUCAAUGAUACCGAGCCAACCUUCUUCUAUUGUACUGCUAUCGGGUCAUGUUUGGACAAUGGAAUGGUCGGGGUUAUCAAUCCGAACUCGAGCGAGACCUGGGAGACACAAUAUCAGCGAGCCCUCACAUACCCAUAUAUGCUUGUUCCAGGCCAGUCUGCACCAGCCGAGGGAAGCUCUUCAACUUCUAGUACGGGAAGUUCUAGUACGGAAAGUUCUAGCUCGGAUUCAAGCACUACAUCUAGCGUGACCAGCAGUUCUGGAGGUGGGCAUAGUGGUCUCAGUACUGGUGCUAUCGCGGGUAUUGCCGUCGCUUGUGUCGUUUUCGUGGCAACGUUGAUCGCUUUGUUCUUUGUCCUGGGUCGCAACCGAGUGUAUAGUCAGUGGAUGUCCUCACAAGAUGGUCGUACCGAGCGCACCGCGCGAUGGGCCAUGUUCAAUGGAGGCGGGGACACAUACCAAAAGAACGAGCUCGACAGCAACGCAACGAAGCGGGCCACGACAGAUGUCGCAUCGGUUGGAAGUCCUGGAAGUCCCGAUCCCAACAUGCGAACCUUCUCCCCUGCAUCUGAUACGGUGUCAGGAUAUGGAGGCACUUCUUCUCGUCACGAUUCUGGUCAGUUCAAUUGGGAUAUCUCGCAGAACUCACGCGCCACGCGUGGCCCGACCGAGCUGGAAGGCAGUGGCAUUUACCAACUCCCGGAAACCCGAGAAUACCGGUGA